AUGGCCGAGAAGAAAGAGGUCGUUCAGGGGAUCAAGAAAAACGGCGGUGUGCCCACCCCUGCCGCUGUUUACUUCAAGAACGAGCGCGGCUGGAAGGUUUCCGAAGAUCAGGUGCGCUACUGGUGGAAGAAGCGCACCGCUAUCAAGGCCGCGCAAGCGCUACGCAGCCGCCUGGCUGGGGCGGGCGCUAAGCCACGGCUCUCCGAGAUCGAGGAUAUCCUGCUCGAUCAAGUGCGGUUUUGUCGGUCUGCAAAAGAGAAAGUCUCUCGUGAUUGGAUUUGCGACGCUGGGCAGCGGCUUGCCGCAUCUGAGCUGGGCGAUACAGAUUUCGUUGCGUCGGACCGCUGGGUCAACGGCUUCAUGCGUCCGUAUGGGCUGUCGCUGCGCCGCACCACCAAUCUUACCGUGCUAACCGAUGACGUGUUGACCGACCGGGCGGUAAUCUUUCUAAGCUAUCUCACGUCACGCAUCGAUGGGCUUAGCGACGAUCACACCGUCCUGAUGGAUGAGACGGCCGUCUACUUCGAGGACCCGCGCCGCCAGACGGUGGACCAAGUUGGAGCUCGCCACGUCGUGUUCAAUGCGGGUGACGGCUGUGCUGGCCGUCACGGCAACCGGCCGCAAGCUUCCCCCGCUGUUGUUUGGAAAGGGGCCAAGCAGAAUGGCAAGAUUGAGCGCUACGGCAACGUCUACGUCGUAAACUAA